GAGUUGAAGCUGCCCAACCAAAUGGGCAUUGAGUAUAAAAGACAGUUCUGCAGUUCCGGCUGCAACAAUUAAGAAUCGAAAGCGGUAAAGUAACACACUUCAGUUAGUUAUCCUUUCGAGCAAAGCAGAGUCUUAGAUGAAAUCUUUACACGUUCUACUUGUGGGCUUAGUGACAAUUGCCGCAGUUGUCGUAGCACCCACGAGUGCCGACCAAAGGCUGCGACCCAGCUGCAAUAGCCUGGCUAAUGGCGCCCUUCUAACUGAUCCAGCUAGGUGUGCCGGCUAUUAUGUCUGCACGCGCGGCAAAGCUGUGCAUCACACCUGCCGCCUGGGACAGUACUAUGACGAGGCUAGCCAGUCCUGUAAGUCGGCCAGCUUGGUCCACUGUAUCAAUUUGAGGGGCUUGGCGCUGCGCGUUGCUCUAGAUUUGGAUGCAGGAGAGCACGAGCCCUGCUCAACCACACCUCCCCCAUGCGAGACAACCACUCCGAAAGCUCCAUGCGAUAUAAAGCCACCACCCUCACCACCACUAACAACUCCUUGUGAGACAGAAGCACAACCUACAACAACAACAACAAGCGCACCACCACCACCUCCACCCACAACAACUCCUUGUGAAACAGCACCACCACCUACAACAACGACAACAACAAGCGCACCACCCCCACCUUCACCCACAACAACUCCUUGUGAAGCAGCCCCACCCCCUACAACAACAACAACAACAAGCGCACCACCCCCACCUUCACCCACAACAACUCCUUGUGAAGCAGCCCCACCCCCUACAACAACAACAACAACAAGCGCACCACCUCCACCCACAACAACUCCUUGUGAAACAGCACCACCACCUACAACCACGACAACAACAACCGCACCACCCCCACCUUCACCCACAACAACUCCUUGUGAAGCAGCCCCACCCCCUACAACAACAACAACAACAAGCGCACCACCACCACCUACAACAACGACAACAACAAGCGCACCACCUGCACCCACAACAACUCCUUGUGAAACAGCACCACCACCUACAACAACGACAACAACAAGCGCACCACCUGCACCCACAACAACUCCUUGUGAAACAGCACCACCACCUACAACAACGACAACAACAAGCGCACCACCUCCACCCACAACAACUCCUUGUGAAACAGCACCACCCCCUACAACAACAACAACAACAAGUGCACCACUUCCACCUUCACCCACAACAACUCCUUGUGAAACUGCCCCACCCCAUACAACAACAACAACAAGCGCACCACCACCACCUACAACAACGACAACAACAAGCGCACCACCUGCACCCACAACAACUCCUUGUGAACCAGCACCACCCCCUACAACAACAACAACAAGCGCACCACCUCCACCUUCACCCACAACAACUCCUUGUGAAACAGCACCGCCACCUACAACAACGACAACAACAAGCGCACCACCUCCACCCACAACAACUCCUUGUGAAACAGCACCACCCCCUACAACAACAACAACAACAAGCGCACCGCCACCACCUACAACAACAACAACAACAACCGCACCACCUGCACCCACAACAACUCCUUGUGAACCAGCACCACCCCCUACAACAACAACAACAAGCGCACCACCACCACCUACAACAACUCCUUGUGAAACAGCACCACCCCCUACAACAACAACAACCAGCGCCCCACCACCACCUACAACAACGACAACAACAAGCGCACCACCUGCACCCACAACAACUCCUUGUGAACCAGCACCACCCCCUACAACAACAACAACAAGCGCACCACCACCACCUACAACAACUCCUUGUGAAACAGCACCACCCCCUACAACAACAACAACAAGCGCACCACCACCACCUACAACAACAACAACAAGCGCACCACCUGCACCCACAGCAACUCCUUGUGAAACAGCACCACCACCGACAACAACAAGCGCACCACCUCCACCCACAGCAAUUCCUUGUGAAACAGCACCCCCACCUACAACAGUUACAACACCAUGCGCACCACCCGCAACGACGCCAAGUGAAACUAUAACUACAACCAAGCAACCCUGUCGUCGUCAAACUACAACAACACCAUGUGCACCACCACCGGCAAUACCAACAACAACUCCCUGUGAGACAGCACCACCACCGACUACUCCUUGCGAGACAGCACCACCACCCACAACUCCCUGUGAGCCACCCACAACCACACCGUGUGAUCCACCAACCACCACACCUUGUGAGGAAGAAAUUACAGAAGAAGUUAAACCUAUUGUCAAUCGUCUGCUAAGUCUCGUCAGCACCUCCAGGACCGACUGUCAGAACAGAGCCGACGGCGUUUUCCUGCAGGACUCGAAGCAUUGCCGCCGGUUCUACCAGUGCAGCGGCGGUGCCCGCGUGUUGCGCCGCUGCAAGGCGGGCAGCUGGUUCGAUAUCGAGGCUGGCAAGUGUCGCCGUCGCAACCUGGUCCUGAACUGUUCCGCCCAGCGUAAUUGAGCGCAGACAAAGGCAAGCAAACUGACCAAAAUCCUUCUAUUAACUGACUAUAUAACGCGCCUAGCCAAAAUGUAAAUCAAUUCAAAUAAAUCGCAGCUUAUACAUA